AUGGAUGAAAUCGAAGAGAGUUUAUGGACUUUAACCGAGGACAAUUUACGCUACCUGUGUGAACGCUGUGGAAUAGGUGGCAAGGAUGGAUCCGAAAUUAAAGGAAAGAAUCAACGAGCACUGCGGCGUAAAAUCAUGGAGGAAACAUGGGAAAAUGAGGAUUUAAUGAAAUCUGAGGAUCGGGGAAUGUCAUGGUUACUCCAACUGAAAGAGGACAUCAAAAGGAUACAGGAUGAUCCUGGGGGCGUGGCCUCCAGCCAAUCAGCGUCAGCGCAUGUGGACGACAAAGCAGAAGGAAGCUGCGAUGCAGAACGUAACGAGGGUGGAGGGACUCUUUAUGGUUACCAGGACAACCCUCGCCUGCCCCCCUUCCCAGAGUCCCUGGGUAGUGCUUCACUGGGGCUCGACUGCAGGAAAACACCAGGGCUGAGUGGAACAGUGAAAGGAGGAGAAGAGGAGGAGGAAGGAGAAGAUUUGAUUGAGGCAGCAGAGAAGAGUGUUAAAAAACGCCAGCCGAAACGCACAGUGAAGAAACCCCACUGCUGCUCAGAGUGUGGCAAGAGCUUCAGUCACAAAAGUCAUCUGACUGUCCACCAGCUCACGCACACCGGAGAGAAGCCUUACCACUGUACGCAGUGCGAGAACAGUUUCUACUGCUCGUCUUAUCUGAUAUCACACAUGCGAACGCACACCGGUGAAAAGCCCUACCGCUGCUCUGACUGUGGGAAGAGGUUCGGCCAAUCGAACGCACUGAAGCUACACCGCAUGCGAAGACACACCGGUGAGCUGCCAUUCUCUUGUUUGGAGUGUCCGAAACGUUUCGUCACGUCGGCACACUUGAAAUCCCACCAGAGAGUCCACACGGGAGAGAAGCCCUACCACUGCUCGGCCUGUGGGAAGAAUUUCUCCCACUCGAGCGCCCUGAGACUCCACCAGAAAACCCACAGCGGAGAGAAACCUUUCAUCUGUGAAUGUGGGAAGAGCUUCAUUAACUGGGCCCACUUAAACUCCCAUCAAAGAUCCCACACCGGUGAGAAGCCUUACUGCUGCGAGCAGUGUGGCAAGUGUUUCUCUGAAUCCGGCACUCUGUCGAAUCAUCAGAGAACCCAUACUGGGGAGAAGCCUUACAGCUGUGAUCAGUGUGGGGAGAGGUUCGCUCAGUCGGGAUCCCUGACGAUCCACCAGAGGACACACACGGGAGAGAAGCCGUACGCCUGCGAUCAGUGUGAGAAGAGAUUCAUUACCUCUAGCCACCUGAGACGCCACCAGAGGACUCACACUGGAGAAAAGCCUCACCUCUGUGAUGAAUGUGGCAAGAGCUUCACGCGGGCCGGAGCCCUGGCGAGCCACCGCAAAACACACACGGGAGAGAAACCCUACAGCUGUGAUCUGUGUGGGAAGAGUUUUGUUCAGUCUGGGCAACUGACAAGCCACCAGCGCACACACACAGGAGCCAAGCCGUACAGCUGCGAUCAGUGUGGUGAAAGAUUCACUCAAUCAGCCACCCUGGCCAAUCAUCAACGAACACACACGGGAGAGAAGCCCUACGGUUGUAAUCUAUGCGAGAAGAGCUUCGCUCAAUCAGGGCACCUAAAAAGUCACCAGAAAGCCCACGCCAGAGGAGGAAUGUGUCCUCUUCCAACCCUCUCCUCUCCGGCGGCUGUUCCGGUACCCUCGGUAAGUUCCAAAUGGUCCAAAACUCAGCUGCCGGACUCCUCAGCCACACCAAGUUCUGGAACCACAUCACCAGUUUUCUAUGUGAACACUGGCUACCCGCUACACACAGCACCUUCUACUACCAAACCCCCUUACUGA